AAUUUUCGCUCCAACAGACGAACCACAGCUACCGUCAGCUACACAUCUGUCAGAUUAGUUGCCACAAAAUUCGUCUCAAAAUGCAAUCAUUUAUAAAUGUUUCUCCAGACAGCCAUUUCCCAAUUCAGAAUUUGCCAUAUGGAGUCUUUUCGACAUGUGACAAUACUGCUCAUCGCGUUGGUGUGGCCAUUGGUGACCUCAUUCUUGACCUGUCGGUAAUUGCUCACCUGUUCAGUGGCCCAGUGCUGAGUUCCCAUCAAGAUGUGUUUCGCCAGCCUACUCUAAAUGGUUUCAUGAGCUUGGGCAACACAGCCUGGAAAGAAGCCAGAUCUAGACUCCAGACCCUUUUGAGUGCUGAUUCCCCAAUUCUUCGUGAUGAUCAACAAUUAAGAGCUGUGGCAUUUGUUCCUCAGAAAUCUGCAACCAUGCAUCUACCUGCAGAAAUUGGGGACUACACUGACUUUUACUCAUCAAUUGAUCAUGCAACUAAUGUUGGAACUAUGUUUCGAGGCAAAGAAAAUGCUCUUAUGCCAAAUUGGAAAUACCUACCUGUUGGGUACCACGGAAGAGCAUCAAGUGUUGUCGUUUCAGGCACCCCUAUCCGUCGACCCAAUGGUCAAACUCGUCCUAAGGAUGACGAACCCCCAACCUUUGGUCCUUGUCGUCUGAUGGACUUUGAACUGGAAAUGGCUUUCUUUGUUGGUCCAGGAAACAAACUGGGAGAGACUAUUCCUAUUCAGAGUGCUCAAGAUCACAUCUUUGGAAUGGUUGUUAUGAAUGACUGGAGUGCUCGGGAUAUUCAGAAGUGGGAAUAUGUGCCUCUUGGACCUUUCCUUGCAAAGAACUUGGGUACCACGAUCUCUCCUUGGGUUGUCACAAUGGAGGCACUAGCUCCAUUUGUGGUUGAUAACUAUGUGCAGGAUCCCAAACCAUUCCCAUACCUGCAACACAGUGACAAGUACACAUAUGACAUCAACUUGGAAGUUGGAAUUAAGCCUGAUGGCAGUGAUCAUACUGGUGUAGUGUGUAAGAGUAACUUCAGGUACAUGUAUUGGACGAUGAAACAGCAACUAGCGCACCACACUAUCACUGGCUGCAAUGUUCGUCCUGGGGAUCUCAUGGCAUCUGGCACCAUUUCUGGUCCGACUGAAGAAUCUUUUGGCUCUAUGCUUGAACUUUCUUGGCGGGGGAGCAAGACUGUUGAUAUUGGGAAGAAUGCUACUCGCAAGUUCCUCCAGGAUGGUGACGAAGUAAUUAUAAAUGGGUAUUGUCAAGGAAAAGGCUACAGAAUUGGUUUUGGGCAGUGCACUGGAAAAGUUCUUCCUGCCCACCCAAUUUAGUUAUAAGAUCACACCACAGUGACUUAAGGUUGUGAAAGAUCAACAUUAAGGUAAUAAGUAUAUGUGGUAUACAAAUUGUCUUGAAACAGAACUGGAAUCUUUAACUAGAGUGUGAUAACUUAUAGAUUCUCAUUCCAAAGAGUAUUUUUG